GCCUACCAAUAAUACUGUUUUCCAGUUGCUAGUAAUGCGAAAUUCUUAUCGCACCGAAGUAAUGCGAAAUUCUAUUGCACCGCGCGGUGAUUGGCGCCGAAACACCCACCUCGCGGUGACCAAUCACCGCGGGCGGUGCACAAAGAAUCGCUCUACUAGUAAUACUUUGGGUUACUUGGGCAUAUGCUGGACGGGGUCACUCACCUAAUCGCCUUUGUUUUGAGCCGAUCGAGCCGUGGAGGCACGUGAUCGACCUGAUGCAUUUUACUUGGAGGAGGGGCUUGCUCCGCUUAUCAACCGGUGCUGGCUGGCCAUCAUCUUUGCGUUUCUCUCACCAGAGUUGUCUAGGGUUUGGGUGUUUCUGCUCUCGCUCUCCUCCGAUCGAAGUGGCGAUGGAUCCCGAUCACAACGCGCCCCACUCCAUGGGAACAACCAUCAUUGGGGUGACCUACGACGGCGGCGUCGUCCUUGGAGCCGAUUCGAGGACGAGCACAGGAAUGUAUGUUGCCAAUCGGACGUCGGACAAAAUCACACAGCUGACAGAUAACGUUUAUAUAUGUCGUUCUGGAUCGGCUGCAGAUUCUCAGAUUGUCUCUGAUUACGUCCGUUACUUCCUUCAUCAACACACAAUUCAACUUGGGCAGCCUGCAACUGUCAAAGUGGCAGCUAACUUAGUUAGAUUAUUGUCAUACCAAAACAAGAACAUGCUGCAAAUGGGCGUGAUUGUUGGUGGAUGGGAUAAGUAUGAAGGAGCUCAAAUAUACUCUGUGCCUCUUGGAGGGACGAUAUUGAGGCAACCUUUUGCAAUUGGAG